AUGAUCGAGUUCCGAUAUUUUGCCGCUUCUGUGAUGCUUGUGAUGAGUCUUGCUGUAAUCUGUCUCAACGGCUUGGUGAUCCAUCGAAUGUAUCGAGAAUGCGAGGGUUUUCACAAGAUCUGUAUUAACAAGGCUAUCGCUAACAUUUUGAUUGCUACAGCUUUUCUCGUCUGGGCCGCUCCAUGCUCAUUUUUAAACUAUCUCUACCUUCCUGAUUAUUUCAAUGUAUUUUUUGGCCAAAUCGUCGGUUGGGGACCGUAUUUGAUGUCUGGUCCGUUUACUCAAUUGUGCUUAACUGUUAAUCGAGCUGUGGCAGUAUCCUGUCCCUAUUGGUUCAACAAAAAACACAAGUUCCUCUGGACAAAAGUCUCAUUGGGUGGAUUAUGGAUGCUUUCAAUAGUAAUGUCACUUCCAGCAAUGAUGGACGGUUGCAGUUACAUAUUCUUCGUUGAGAAUGUCUCCUGGAGCCCAACGGAUACAAUAUGCUCGAGAAAUCUCUCACAAUAUGUCACAAAUCUUGUCCUCCUCAUGGCUAUCAUUUCAUUAAGUAUCAAUAUGAUUACCAUUAUUAAAAUUGCGAUUGGGUUGGGUGGUGGAGUGAUGGAUCAGAAUCUCUCGAAGACUAGAAAACGAAAAAGAAGGAACAUGUUCAUUCAGUGUGUCAUUCAGGAUUGUACCCAUACCACAGAUUGUAUGCUGAACACAUAUGUCUACACAUUUUAUUCGGCUCAAUGGUUUCAGUUUUUGUGUGGUGCAGUUUCAGCAUUGACUGUAGUUAUGAUGGAUGGAUUGCUCAUGUCAAUGUUCUACACUAGAUCAUCACCACAAACUCCAAGCUGUGAUCCACCAUCAAAAUCAAAUCGGUUUUCGCCAUUCUAUAGUCCAGCACCAAACGAAAAAAUGACAAACAUAAUUAGGACAACUAUUCUCUGA